AUGGGCCGAAGGGGGUCUGGUAUGGUGGUGGAUGUUGGUAGGCCUAAUGAUGAAGCAGAGGAGGAUGAGGAGGAGGGAGAUGGUGAGCGUAGCGAGCAUAGUGACGAUCAUAGUGAGCAGCGGGAGAAUGAGGAGUGUUGGGGGGCCGAAGGGGAACUUACCCCGGUUUGGAGGGGUGAAGGGGAGAUUACCACCCAGGGAAGCGGGGACUGGGGAGAAGAGGCAGAGAGGGAGAGGGAGAGGGAGAGGGAGGAAGAGGGGGAGGGGGUUUGGACACCUGUGCUAACCCCUCAGGGCAGUUGGAGGGGGGACAUGUCAGGGAGCGAGAGAGGGAAGGGUCGGAAGGGGAAGGGUCUGGAAGGGUGGGACGGGCUGGUGGGGGAGAGAGAGGGUAGGUACGAGGAUGAGAGGGGGAGUGAGGAGGGAAGUGAGAGGAGGAGUGAGGAGGGAAGUGAGAGGGGGAGUGAGGGGUCUAGGGGUGAAGAAGAGGAGAGGGAGAGGCAGUGGGAGAGUCUGAGGGACGGGGAAGAGGAGGGGAGUGUGAGAGAUGAGGAUGAGGAGAUGGAGAGAGGGGAGAGUGAGGGGGAACGUGAGGGAGAGAGUGCGGAGGAAGAGAGGGAGAGACAAUGGGCCGAGAUGCAUGCUGGUAGUGAGGAAGGGAGUGAGGAUGGAAGUUGA